UGGAUUUCCGAAUGGGAGGGUGUUUAUCACAGUCCGCAGUCAUUUUGUUUUCCACCCAAUUCGCCUAUUGGUCAGCUAUAUGAGUUCAGCUUGCCAAGUGCCCUCUGCCAGCCAUUAUCGAUGUAGGCACAGAGGUCUUUCCGUGAAAACCAGUGUUUGACUAUUCUGUGAGCUUCAUCGUAAGCUUUCCAACUGUGAACUCCCAAAAGCUGUUGUGUUGGUUGUGAGUACAAAGAUGGGCGGCCCUUUCGGGUCGACGCUUGCGGCGUGGCUUGUGGGAACUUGGUACCUGCUCCUAGUCUUCUGUGCCCAUGGCAACGCGCAGGAAACAGGAUCAUCGUCACCAUUGUUUUUAACUGCAACGAAACCAACAGCCUCCACAAUCGAUCAACCACUUACCACUACAUCGUCAACGACUAGUCGAACAUCUCCUUCUGAUUCAGCGAUCGACCGAGUGGCCACCACCGAUUCGACUCUACUGUUGACCACGAAAGGAUCAUCGUCAUCGUCACCAUCAUUUUCAACUGCAACGAAACCAACAGAAUCCACAAUCGAUCGACCACUUACAACUACAUCGUCAACGACUAGUCAAUCAUCCACUUCUGAUUCAGCGAUCGACCGAGUGGCCACUACCGAUUCGACUCUACUGACUACGGAAGAUCACACCACAGAUAAUGUUACACGGCACACGUCAGAAGAGUACGAAUUAACUCUUUCUAUCAUUGGGAGGCCAACUGCCCAAAGCACCACUUAUCGGAGCCCCACUUAUGGUCCAUUCCCAGGGGAAUUAGCUGUUGACGGCGACAUCAACACAUAUUCACACACUAAGUCGGACGAUCAUCCGUGGUGGCGAGUCGACUUGGGCAAUGAACACUGCUUGGGCAGAAUCACAGUCACACUCAGACAAGGCUGCUGUGGGGAAUACCGUUUCACAGCUGCCGUGGCACGGGCCGGUCUGGGCGUAUUCUAUGCUGAGAACCAACCGUGUGGGCAACCAGCGCCAAAGGCGCAGUCUUACGACGGCGCCGUGAACAUAUUCACGUGUGAUACGCCACGGAUGGCCAGAUAUGUGAGUCUCGACAUCGACCCAUCUAGCCCUGGUGUAACUAAGGCACUCCUGCAGAUGGGUGAGGUGACAGUGGAAGAGGUUACAUCUGGACAGUGUUAUCCGGUUUUUGAGGGCAGUGUUCGAUUAGUUGAUGGAAACUCAUCUUCUGAGGGACGUGUUGAGGUCUACUAUCAGGGUAGCUGGGGAACUGUCUGUGAUGACCAGUUCGAUAUCCAUGAUGCUGCCGUCAUCUGUCAUCAACUCGGUUUCCCAUCUGCAGUGAGAGCUGUAUCUGCUGCUGCUGAAUUUUCCAUCGGCAGUGGCCCAAUUUUCCUCGACGAUCUUGAGUGCUCAGGAGAUGAAAGUACAUUGGCAAAUUGUUCCCAUGCAGGAUGGACUGAACAUAACUGUGGCCACUUAGAAGAUGCUGGAGUUAUCUGUUCAACAGUUAUCUUGACAACGGAAGACCCGGUUGUGUAUGAAGCUCUUUCAAUCAUUGGGAGGCCAACUGCCCAAAGUACCAGUCAUGAUCAAUAUCCAGGAGAGUUUGCUGUUGACGGCGAUAUCAACACAUUUUCAGUCACUGAGCCGAACGAUCAACAUCCGUGGUGGCGAGUCGACUUGGGCAGUGAAUACUGCUUGGGCAGAAUCACAGUGAAACUCAGACAAGGCUGCUGUGGGGAAUACCGUUUCACUGCUGCCGUGGCACGGGCCGGUCUGGGCGUAUUCUAUGCUGAGAACCAACCGUGUGGGCAACCGGCGCCAAAGGCGCAGUCUUACGACGGGGCCGUGAACAUAUUCACGUGUGAUACGCCACGGAUGGCCAGAUAUGUGAGUCUGGACAUCGACCCAUCCAGCCCCGGUGUAACUAACGCACUCCUGCAGAUGGGUGAGGUGACAGUGGAAGAGGUUGCAUCUGGACAGUGUUCUCCGGUUUUAGAUGGCAGUGUUCGAUUAGUUGAUGGAAACUCCUCUUCUGAGGGACGAAUUGAGAUCUUCUUUCAGGGUAACUGGGGAACCGUCUGUGAUGACCUUUUCGAUAUCCUUGAUGCUACUGUCAUCUGUCAUCAACUUGAUUUCCCAUCUGCGGUGAGAGCUGUAUCUGCUGCCGCUGAAUUUUCUGUUGGCAGCGGGCCAAUUUUCCUUGACAAUGUUGAGUGCGCAGGAGAUGAAAGUGCACUGGCAAAUUGUUCCCAUGCAGGAUGGACUGAACAUAACUGUGACCACUCAGAAGAUGCUGGAGUCAUCUGUUCACCACUUAUCUUGACAACGGAAGUCCCGGUUGUGUAUGAAGCUCUUUCUAUUGUUGGGAGGCCAACUGCCCAAGGCACCAAUUCUAGAAAUACAGGAAAAAAUGCUGUUGACGGCGAUAUCAACACAUCUUCAGCAACUGAUUUGAAUGAUCCACAUCCGUGGUGGCGAGUCGACUUGGGCAGUGAAUACUGCUUGGGCAGAAUCACAGUCACACUCAAGCAAGGCUGCUGUGGCGAGUACCGUUUCACCGCUGCUGUUGCACGGGCCGGUCUGGGCUUAUCCUAUACUGAGAACCAACCGUGCGGGCAACCGGCCAAAAAGGCGCAGUCUUACGACGGGGCCGUGAACGUAUUCACGUGUGAUACGCCACGGAUGGCCAGAUAUGUGAGUCUGGACAUCGACCCAUCCAGCCCUGGUGUAACUAACGCAUUCCUGCAAAUGGGUGAGGUGACAGUGGAAGAGGUUACAUCUGGACAGUGUUCUCUGGUUUCUGAUGGCAGUGUUCGAUUAGUUGAUGGAAACUCCUCUACCGAGGGACGAAUUGAGAUCUUCUAUCAGGGUAACUGGGGAACCGUCUGUGAUGACCUUUUCGAUAUCCUUGAUGCUACUGUCAUCUGUCAUCAACUCGGUUUCCCAUCUGCAUUAAGAGCUGUAUCUGCUGCUGCUGAAUUUUCCGUUGGCAGUGGAGCAAUUGUCCUGGACAAUCUUGAGUGCUCAGGAGAUGAAAGUACACUUGCAGAUUGCUCCCAUGCAGGAUGGGCUGAACAUAACUGUAGCCACUCAGACGAUGCUGGAGUCAUCUGUUCACCACUUAUCUUGACAACGGAAGUCCCGGUUGUGUAUGAAGCUCUUUCUAUCAUUGGGAGGCCAACUGCCCAAGGCACCAAUUCUGGAAAUACAGGAAAAAAUGCUGUUGACGGCGAUAUCAACACAUCUUCAGCAACUGAUUUGAAUGAUCCACAUCCGUGGUGGCGAGUCGACUUGGGCAGUGAAUACUGCUUGGGCAGAAUCACAGUCACACUCAAGCAAGGCUGCUGUGGCGAGUACCGUUUCACCGCUGCUGUUGCACGGGCCGGUCUGGGCUUAUCCUAUGCUGAGAACCAACCGUGCGGGCAACCGGCCACAAAGGCGCAGUCUUACGACGGGGCCGUGAACGUAUUCACGUGUGAUACGCCACGGAUGGCCAGAUAUGUGAGUCUGGACAUCGACCCAUCUAGCCCCGGUGUAACUAACGCAUUCCUGCAAAUGGGUGAGGUGACAGUGGAAGAGGUUGCAUCUGGACAGUGUUCUCGGGUUUCAGGCCGGAUAAAUGGAUCGAUUAUUGCAGUGAUUGCCGUUGCCGCUGCUUUAGUCCUCAUUAUUGGCAUCAUCCUCAUCACCCUGGUCAUCAGAAAGGUCAGGGCUAAGAGAACAAGGAGCCACUCCUCCUACCAGAUGGCCAUCCCACUAUCCCUGUCCUCCCCGUCCCCAAUUCCGUGAACCCAGGACCAGCUUGACAAAAAUAUACACAUCCAGUAAGCCACGCCUCCUGACAAAUUGACCAAUCACAGUGCGUGAUUUAAGGUCCAACAAAAUGUCGCCAUUUUGUCCGACACAAUUUUUUUGCUUUGGUAUUGUUAGCCGCACACUUUUUGUUGGUUUUACUUUUGUUUCAUUUGUACACACUGUUUCUAUAUAUAAUCAACCUCGUUUUUACCAUAGUCAUGGUCAAGCGCUGUUGCUAUGUUAAUUGUAAAUCUGACUCCCGUUUCCCCCCAAAAAGAGUAAAGGUGUUAUUGACCAUUUCCUAAGUCAAGGACGAACAGCAAAAAGUAUACUUUGUGGCUAAAAGCGUGCGGUGGGGCUGCCGGGCCAAAUAGUCGUCUAGAAGUGAACAACAUAACCGGGCACUCGUUCAUGUGUUGGUCGGGCGAUAGUAGGGCCCAAGUUGAAUGCCAGACAUGGCGUUUCAAAUAAUUAACAGCCCAACCAUUUGCCAACAAAAAAUGAGAUUUCAACCACAAAACGGCCACAGAAUUACGAGGAACGCCACCCGAGAUACAAGUAGAGAUCAAUGAUUAAGAUCGAGGUUUAAGGUCAACUUACGAUCUGGAUGAACAGUGAAAUUUACCGUUUAUCGACAAGGGCUCCGUCGCGAAUAUGUUACCCCAUAUUUUGGGUAUUUUUUUUGAUUUUUUGAAAAGUAUAUCUUGGUGAUUCUACUUUUACAUCAUAACUUCAAUAACAUUUUCUAAAGCAUAUAAGUGACUGAAUUAUUAUGAAGACAAAGUAACGAUUCAAAAUGGCUACUAUUAUACCCUAAAAUUG